AUGGAAAGACUAGGUCAAGAAGUAACUGAAAUAACAAAAUCAAAAGAAAAAUUAGUAUUGGAAGAUAUGCCUGAUGGAUAUAAAAUAUUUGUUCAAGGAAAAUUUCCAAAUAAUUCAAUACCAGAACCAUUACCUAUGAACUCUCAUCAAUCGCAAAAUAAAGGAAUUGGAAGUACAAGAACCGAUGUAUUUGUUUUUGAACAAGAUCGUUUUCUUCCAAUAGCAAAUGUAGCACGUAUAAUGAAAAAAGCUUUACCAGACAAUGCAAAGAUUGCAAAAGAAGCCAAAGAAUGUGUUCAAGAGUGUGUUUCAGAAUUCAUUUCCUUCAUAACGACAAGUGAUCGUUGUCAACAAGAAAAAAGAAAGACAAUUAAUGGAGAAGAUAUUUUGUGGGCUAUGCAAUCUCUAGGUUUCGAAAAUUAUGCAGAGGCUUUGAAGAUUUAUUUAGCAAAAUAUAGAGAAACAACAAAAAUUGAAAGAUCUUCAACUACAAAAGAUAAAGAUGAAUCAACAGAUGAUUAUGGUCAGAAACAACAAUUUUUUAAUGUACCAGAAAAUUUUAUCCAAGAUAAUCAUCAAAGUUAA